GCCACCGCCAGUGGCUGCGCGAGUGAAGCCGGAAGCAGCGGUCAGCAGGGGCGGGGCUGUGUAAGGACCGGCUGGUCAGGGCUGGCACCCCGCGGCAGCGCGGGGCGUGUCCCCUGUCAAGAGUCAUGCUCGGCAGGUCUGGGUACCGCGCGCUGCCCCUAGGGGAUUUUGACCGCUUCCCGCAGUCGAGCUUCGGCUUUCUGGGCUCGCAGAAGGGCUGCUUGUCCCCGGAGCGGGGCGGCGUGGGGCCGGGGGCCGAUGUACCCCAGAGUUGGCCCUCCUGCCUCUGCCAUAGCCUCAUCAGUUUCCUGGGGUUCUUGCUGCUGUUGGUCACCUUCCCAAUUUCUGGCUGGUUUGCCCUGAAGAUUGUGCCCACCUAUGAACGGAUGAUUGUGUUCCGCCUGGGCCGGAUCCGCAACCCCCAGGGCCCUGGCAUGGUUCUUCUCCUGCCCUUCAUUGACUCCUUUCAGAGGGUGGAUCUGAGGACAAGAGCCUUCAAUGUCCCUCCCUGCAAGUUGGCCAGUAAGGAUGGUGCUGUACUGUCUGUGGGUGCUGAUGUCCAGUUUCGUAUCUGGGACCCGGUGCUGUCGGUGAUGACCGUGAAGGACCUGAACACAGCUACCCGCAUGACAGCCCAGAAUGCCAUGACCAAGGCCCUGCUCAAGAGGCCGCUGCGAGAGAUCCAGAUGGAGAAGCUCAAGAUCAGCGACCAGCUCCUGCUGGAGAUCAAUGAUGUGACCAGGGCCUGGGGGCUGGAGGUGGACCGAGUAGAGCUGGUGGUGGAGGCCGUGCUCCAACCACCCCAGGACAGCCCAGCCGAGCCCAGCGUGGACAACACUCUCCAGCAGCUGGCUCUCCACUUCCUGGGAGGAGGCAUGAACUCAGUGGCUGGAGGAGUUCCACCCUCAGGACCAGUGGACACCGUGGAGAUGGUGAGUGAAGUUGAAGCACCUGUCCCUCACGUUGCGGCUGGGCCCAGCCCAAAGCAGCCUCUGGCCGAGGGGCUGCUGACUGCUCUACAGCCCUUCCUGUCCGAGGCCCUGGUCAGCCAAGUCGGGGCCUGCUACCAGUUCAAUGUCGUCCUGCCCAGUGGCACCCAGAACAUCUACUUCCUGGAUCUCACUACAGGGCGAGGAAAGGUGGGACAUGGGGUGCCUGAGGGUGUCCCUGAUGUGGUGGUAGAGAUGGCUGAGGCAGACCUGCAGGCCCUAUUGUGCAGAGAGCUACGGCCCCUGGGGGCCUACAUGAAUGGGCGGCUGAAGGUGAAGGGCGACCUGGCUGUGGCCAUGAAGCUGGAGGCUGUUCUCAGGGCCCUGAAGUAGAGGCCUUGGGUGACCAUCUGUAGCCCAGCCCCAAGCCUGGUGCCCAGCCAGGAGGUGGAGUGAGCGGGAGCUCUUGGAGGAGGCACUGGUCUAUACCAUGGGGAGUUAAGGCCCUAAGAAGCUUCAAUCCCAGCCAGCAGCCCACAGAUGGAGGCUAGGAGAGGCUGAGUCAGGCUACCCUGCACUCUGUCCUCCAGUGGAUCUCUGAAUAAGACUUUGCUGUGUGCCCCUCCCUGAGCUGAGUACUGGAGUGACGACAGGGUAGCCAGGCCUGCCCUGCCCUGCCCUGCCCUGCUGGGGCUUCCUGACUGAAGAGAUAGGACCCACAGAAACAGCCUGCUGGCAGCUGACUCAGUCCCCAUGUGAGGGAGCAAACCACACUGCUCAGGCUCUGAGCGCCAAAGGGGGACUAGUGGGAUUAAGGAGUGGGGAGGGAAGGCAGCCUCUACAAAGAGGUCACUGCAGCCAAGGCGUCUGGUGAUUGCGCUCGUCUUGUCUUCCUGGUUGCAGUCCAGGCUUACGGCUAGUAGGGGAAAGAGCAGGGCCUGCUGCUUCCCUGGCACUACUCCUGAAGAUGCUGGGACUAUUUCCACUCCUUCCUGCAUGCCUGACAAGCUGGGGCCCAGGGCAGCAUGAAAGAAAGCCCUGAGUUCCUAUGCUUUUCACCAGAGGUUUGCAAACAUCAGACAAAUAAAUAUGGUAUUUACAAU